AUGGCGUCAGAGCUUGAAGGCUUGAUCGCGAGCCUUUUGGUGCAUAUCUCAUGCUAUGGAGAAGAAGGGUGUCUCGUACAAGAUGUUUUGAAAGCAAUUCAACAUCCCUCAGCUCGCACAGAAGCACUUCCUAAAUGCAACUCUGCUGUGCAAGACCGUACUUCUGCUAUCAUUUGGAGUUGGCUUGCUGCAAGACGAGAUAUUUCUGUUGGCACUGAUCGCGAAUACAAUCAUCUUUCUUUAGAUGAAGUCUUAGCGCUUUCAGCUUCUGGCGGUGCCCCUGAGCAAGAUGCAGAGACUUCGGGGUCACAACCAGAAAACUCGACAUCAUCCCGCAAUGUUCGUGUGCGCGCUUCUGAAGAUACCAUGUGGGAAUCUCUCACUGGUCAUGCCGUCGACUACAAGCGAGUUCCAAAAUCCGAGUGGAUGUUACUUUUGGGCAUAGCUUCAACAACCACCGAGGGAAUCCUCCAGGGAGAUCUUGGACGCCUGACAGACCAAGACAAACGGUCUGUGCCAAAAAGAACAGAUUCCCUUCUCAAAAAAGGAUAUAUCGUCAAGAGAACAACCCUUGUUCGCGGGACCAAAACGAGCAAAAUGUGGCUGAAACUUUUCGCCCCCCCUUUGCCGAAAGACAGUGAAGGGACAGACGAAGCCCGACCAGACAUGACAUUGACUCGACAAGUACUCGUCGAGGACCUCGCGCCCGUCCCAUGGCACACCCGGUGGACUGGCGAGUCUAUAGACUACAUCGCAUUGGCCACUACCAUCAUGGCCAUCGUCAAGGAGUGGGGGGUUCUUCAAAUGAAAGACAUGAAGUCGAAGCUUGGCGUCCUAGGGAUGCGUUGGCAGAUGAAGGUGCUGGCCAAAGUCUGCCGUUUUCUUAACCAGAGAGGUGUCAUACAGUACGUCGCUGCGAAGCUAGGAGAAAAGGUGUUCAAGGACUGUGUCAAGUAUGUCAGGGACCUCAAUUCCGAAGAUUGGUUACUGUAUCUCUCAACAGGCAAGAGAAAAAGCAAGACCCCUCGAAACCCAGAUCUUGACGGCCUUGACGGAAUCAAACAGCUCAUAGGGCAGGCCUCACAUGUCCCCGAGAUAUCAAAAGCACCCCCAUGGACUCUAGACAAGCCGGUUCCUGUUAUAAUUGCGGAAAUGGCAAAACAGCUAGGCGAUACUGGGCUCACGAAUCCCGAUGUUUAUGCCUUGACGCUGGGUCCUUCGUACAGUCGACAUCUCUCCUCAAUGACUACUGCAUUGUCCGUGCCGGAUUUGCAACCGCCUCAUCUAGCCCACUUUCAGAUCUACAGCGAGCAUACAAGAUCAGGAAAGGUAGCAUCUUAUCGAUACUUUGCACCAAACGAUCUUCCGGAUGCUUAUCCAGUAACGACAAACACCACAGGCCAGCCAUUAAGUAUUGCUGAGAGCUAUGGUUUCUCGCCUAUACAAUCUACAGCCUUGUCAUCCGAAGCUUCACCGACACUGGCUGAGCUGUGUAACAUGGGCAUGGCCCGCCGUACAACCAAGGGGCGUCCUAAAAAGUUCAAGGCCAAGAAGGAGAAGCCAUUGCCGACUCAAAAGAAAAAAGCAGGCCGGAAGCGCCGCGACGAGACAUCAGAAGCUCUCACACAACUUGACGCUACUGAAAAAGCCGUUGCGCCCCAGGAAGUCGCUGUCUCUCAAGAGAUUGUUGUUACUCAAGAAGCUGUUGCGCCCCAGGAAGCUAUUGCGACACAGACACAAGAAACAACCGCCAAAGAAUCAGAAAUUCCCUCCCAAGAGCCUCCAGAACAUGUUGAAGCUGCUCAAAAAGAAAACGACGGCACGGAACAGCAAGAUGGAGCACCUGAGCCAGAAAAGGCCAAUCAUCUUAUGGUGACACUCAAAGUGUCUUCAGAUGCCCUCAAAGAACCCAUAGAAACACCACAGGCAGUUUUGGCAACCCCUGUGCGGCCGACACGAACUAGGCCAACAAGGUCUUCAGCUAAAAAACCAGAAACGGGAGGCACAGAAACCACUGUCGAAAAUGAGGAGUCGCAAACGCAAGAAAGCAUCAGCAGCGAGUCGAAAGAGGAGUGCUCUAAUGAGCAACUAGUAAAUGGGAGGAAACGGGGCCGUCCAAAGAAAGGCGAAUUUAGAAAAAAGAGACACGAAGAUCAGCCCGAAGGGAACCCCACUCCUUCGAAAUCUUGGGUAUGUGAAAAAUGCGGCAAGGCAUGGAAGAACGAUAACGGGCUUCUUUAUCACCUUACAAAAUCCAGGACAGCGUGCAAUCCAUCGUUUGAGGAACCUGCCCCAACGCCAGCCCGUCGUGGAAGGAAAAGAGCUGCUUCCGAAAUUGAAGUAGAGGAAGAGGCUAGCGCAACACCCAUUGCCGAUAAACCACAAGACCAAGACGACGAAGCCGUGACGGAGGACAACAUAGAACCAACCACUGAGGAAGUCAACGAUCAAGAGAAAAGCCCAGCUAAGCCCCUGGAAAAGAAACAACAAGACAAAGAGCCCAGCCCCGUACGUGAGGAUGUACCAACACCAAAACGAGUAUCGAGGUUGCGCGGUCCUGUUGCUGCUCGCCCAACGUGGUCCUCACGGCCAACUGUUAGCUUCAAAGUACACACGAACGCAGGACUUCAUAGACCUCCAGUUACCAUGUUCGACUCGCCGAGGCAAUCUUCGCUUUUGAACGGAACUAAUGGAGCCCUUGUUCAAGGCGAAAUCAGCCAACCACGACCAGUUUUAGGGUCUUUAAAUCGGUUCAAUUUUCCUGGAGGUUCUCCAAAAACACAUGUUCACAAAUCCGAAAGAAACGGAUCCCAGCUAGCCGCAACUCCUCAUUCAGAACGACCCAAGUCCUUGCAGCCCGGGACUAACGAAACACCCUGUAAACCUGGCUCUGUGGCCAAGGCCAAGGCCAAAACACCAACAACCAUUGGCACCCCGCUCUCCAAAGCUGUUAUGAUAAGCCGCAUCUCCCAGAUCGUUCAAGGUAUUCUGGAGGAGCAGCAAGGUGUCUUCCCAGGUGGCAAACCGUUGUGGACGGCCAUUACUCUUCGGUGGGCAGAAUCCCACUCGGAAGUAGCGCCGCAAAUCCGCACAUACCAGGCUGCACUUCGAGAAAUGUUGAAGAACAAGAGCGUAGCUGAGCAUUGGCUCACAUUCCGCAGCAGAAAGGGCGUCACCGAGAAGUGUCACAUAAUCGUCCGACCUGGGAUUGAUCCAUUUUCCCCUGAAGCCGACAAGGUGGUGCAAAAGAUCAAAGAUGUCCACCCAGAUCCAUACCUCCCUCCUCCAUUUGAUGCUCAAGUUGACAGCGACUUGUUAAAGCGCGGUCGCCGAGACCUUCCGGAAGAGGUUGAAAUGCUCGAUGCCCCUGUCUAUGUCGCACGAGCUGCCCAGAAACGGGCUCACCAGGACGAGUAUGACGACGAUGGCGAUGAUUUCCCACCGCCCCAAAAGCGAGGCCGAAAACGCAAGAGCAUGUUUGCAGAAGGACGCGCUUCCAAAUCAAGGGCAUAUCAAAAUGAAAUGGGAGAACCAAUGCGUUAUGAACACUUUGAGUCCUCUCAAGGCGCCACUGAGGCCCUACAGUUUCUUGACCCGAACACCUUUUUGGAUGAAGAUGAUGUUGAGGGAUCAGAUCAUUACUUCAGCAACAGGUUCGAUACUGCUUGGCAACAAGGGUUUUCAGCUCAGGUGUCUGGCAAAAUCGUUUUUGAUAAGCCAAUUCUAGUAUCCGGCUACGAUGGUAUCUGGCCGUAUAUUGGGCCUGGAGACUUCGAGAUGCAGGGUGCCAGCUACACGCUGAAGGGAUGGAUGCCGGAUGGCAACUGGUUCGCUUGGUCGUCGAUGAUUGAAAUGAUUGACCGAAAAGCCCACUCGCUCAAUCGCCAGAGUCACCAACGCCACGGAAUACUCAGUCCGUAUCAAUCUUUUGUUGCGCGGACAUAUAUCUGUUCCGACCUUGAGCGCGCAUGGUCAGACUCAUUCAUUCAGGCACCACCGGGAGCGGCGGGCCCUCAUAACAUCUUCGUCUCAUUCUUCAGCGAGGCCGGUGGCGAAACCAUCGAGACUCCCGCGCUUUCCUGGCCGUCAGAAUGGCAGCUUACGCCCAAGUCAUUCCCCGAAAGUGUUCCGGAUCGUGCUUUGCUUGUGGACUCCCCCUCUGAAGAGGAAGAGGACGAAGACGAUGAUAGUUUUGAAUGGCCAAGCUUCCCCGCGUUUUUACAAAAACCAGGGUACAGACUCUCUCGAGCCGGCCGUAGAGGUCGGGGUGGCCGACCUCGAGGUUCUGGCAGUCGACUGCGAGCAUCUGCUCGACAAAUUCCACAGCAACCGAGAGUUAAACGCGUGCGCCUGAUCACACGAGCUUUGAUGCCCCUUCCCGAGAAUACUGAUCAACCACAAAGUCAAGCCGAUCCCACGCCUUUGAUCCGUGGAGAAGAGGCAGAGCGUCUGCUCGCUGCAUUGGUUGCUGUACGUGUGUUGUUGGGCGGAGCCGACAAGUCCAUUGAUUGGGGCCUCUUACUCAAGCUUUUCCCCGAUCUCUCUGUCAAGAACAUGCGCCGAUUCUGGGUUGACGCUCGCAGAGACCAGGGUGCAUAUAUCAGGAAGCUUACCAAGGAUUUUCAAGACCGGUUCAUAAUUGCUUAUUCUAAGAACGAGCUGCCGGAAAUCGACUUUGAGGAACCCAUGGACUACGACUGGUACAGUCUGAUUGACUGGACACUCGAGCUCCCCCGGCGAAGAGGCAUUGAUCUUCCAGCGACGAGGGCGGCACUGCAAAAUGACUUUACCUUUCAGGAUGUCACUCCCCAUGAUGAAGAAGACCCCCGGGAGAAAUUCUACAAUCCUCAAACAUCCGUUUUCGCUCGUUUUGAGGCCGUCGCUACUCCAUCUGUUGUUGCCGUCGAGAUGAUGCUCAGUGGACCUGUUGAUGAGCACAUUGAAAUCAGUGAAAGUGACAUUGCCAGGUCUUGGGUGCGAUCCUUGUGCUGCACAGAUGAGAGUCGCUACACGGUCGAACAGAUUAAGCAGAAGUUCUCCACCUUGGCAGGCGGGGACCAGGAAAAGAUUAACUCAUUACUCAAGGAAGCCAUUGAUACUUUGACACAGCAGAGAAUCAUUUGCAAAAGCAAACGCCUCCCGCUUUCUGGGAGACCCUUCAGACUCAACGAAGCAUUUGGGCAUGUACUCGGGAAGCUUGCGCAACGGACCAAAUACAAGGAUGCUGCCGAUUUCAAAACGCAACUGGAUGCUAUUUUCCGCCGCGGCGAGGCCUAUCGAAUCCCCUUCACACUCAAUGACGGGUCGGUAAUGGCGUUGAUAAAUCUCAAUGCGAGUGAAAGGAUCAAACUGGUUCCAGUCAACGUGCCUCACAUUCCCUUGGGUUUCAAGCCUGGCCAGUACGAGAUGCGUAAGCUGAAGAAAUCGCUCUACUCUCAUGACCUUGAAGCGGUCCCCACGGACUUGUACAAGUAUGACGAGGAGAUUGACGUCCUCCGCAGGAGUGUCUUUGAAGGACCUCCAGCCGCAGGUAAAGGCAAAACCAGCGUGCUCCCACAAUGGGUUGACUUUUUUGGACGUCGGGAAGCGGAACGGUGGAUGGAUGUGCUGGGUGCUUUCUGCUUCGUGUACGCGAACAGAGGUCUUCUGACGAUCGAAGGAGUGUGCAAUGCUCUCAAGCCGGUGCUCGAGGAGUUCGAGGCUAAGCUCAUCAUGGAUUGGGGUGUGAAGACAGGCGUGCUUAAGCACUCGGAAGAAGGCCUAGGGCUCAUGGUAGGAGAGUGGUGGUGGCUUGCUGUCCCUUGGCAAUGGGGGCGACAGUUCAAGCCCACGGGUUAUAAUGAAGGCAUGGAUUAA